UGUUGCUCAUUGAAUAUCGAACAGACAGAGUGAUACUUGUGUCGAUUUGUGUCAACUUGUGUCCUAUGCUGGAAAACAUACUAUAUUUUGCAAGGAAAUCUAAGCAAAACUUUAAUAUAAUAAACUACAAUGGAAAGAAUAUUGAAUGUUAUUCAUUGUGCUGUGGAAGAAUUAACCAACAGUGACAGUAGCUCAGACUCUGAUUUAUGGUCGGACAGUUCUGAUGAAGAACUACUAUUGCUGGAUGAUAUGGAACGCAUGAAAGUACCGAAGGUUGACAAUUAUUAUGGUACAAUUUAUUGUAUGCGUGAUAAAACAUUUCAAUCUCAUUUUCGCCUUACGAGAAGUUCUUUCGAGAUUGUAAGAAGAGCAAUUGGGCUUAUAUUGCUACCUAAUAACAAUGAAGGAGGCCAUCCUAAUGUACCAUUGGAGAAAGCGAUAUUGUCAACAUUAUGGUUACUGGCAAAUCAAGAUUCUUUUCGAGAAGUCAGUAAUUUAUUCGAUUUAAGCUCGAGUACUACACAUAAAAUAUUUCUUGAUGUAUGCAGUGCUCUGUGUAGUAUCGUGAAUAAAUAUCUACACUGGCCAAAUCUGGCAGAGUUUCAAUGUAUAAGACAACAGUUUGACGAGCUCAGAGGACCGAAUAAUUUUCCAGACGUGGCAUGUGCAGUUGAUGGAAUGCAUAUUGAAAUUCCAGCUGCAAGAGAUGAUCCUAUAAGUUAUUAUAAUCGAAAAGGUUUUCACUCAAUUAUUCUACAAGGGAUCUGCGAUGCAAAAUGUCAGUUUAUUGAUAUUUUUAUUGGUUGGCCUGGUGCGACUCACGAUGCGAGAGUAUGGAGGGAAAGUCCUAUUGGUCAAGCACUUGCAGAAGAUCCAACACUUUUACCGGAAGGAACUCAUAUUAUAGGAGAUUCUGCGUAUACUUUACAACCUUAUUUACUAACACCAUUUCGUAAUAAUGGUCACUUAACUCCAAGACAAAAGCUGUAUAAUAAAAAAUUAAGUUCAAAGAGAGUUGUCAUUGAGCAGGCAUUUGGAAAGCUGAGAGCUAGAUUUAGAAGAUUAGAAUAUUUAAAUAUGUAUCUCAUGAAUGAAAUGAAAAUAGUUGUUGUUGCUGCAUGUGUUCUGCAUAAUAUAUGCAUUAGAUAUAAUGAUGAAACAGAAUUAAGUGACGAUGAACGUGAGGAAGAAAAUAGAGACCAGGACGAGGACAAUGCCAUUUUGGAAAUAGCUAAUGAUAAAAGAAAUAGAAUUGUAGACACUUUGUGGAUGAAUAGAAGAUGAAUAGAAGAUGAAAUGGAAUAGGUGAACAACAAAUAAAAAAAAAUAAAUUCUGUAGUAAGAAAUAGAACAUGUGCAAAUUUAUAUUGAGACGU